AUGUCUUUCAGCAAGAGCACAGAUACAGUGGAGGCACAGAGGAGCAAGAUGAGCAAGUUACCACUGAGAGAGGAACGAAAUCAAGAAAAAGCUGAGUGGAGGCAAAGACAGCGAAAUAGUGGAAACGAGAACAAAGAAGGAUCCGGAAGGAAGGAAGGGAUUGGAGUACUUAGAAAUUUGAGAGAAAGGGGAAGUGCUAGAGGCAGUAAAGGACCUCUGAAUAAAGAAGUGAUGGAAAGGAGGAAAGGAACUGGAAGCAGGGACGAAGUUGUCCGUAAGGAAGCAUAUGGAAGCAAGAGCGGAUUUGGAAGUAGGGGAGGAAUCGGAAGCCGGGAAAGGGUUGUAAGCUUAGAGGGCACCAACGAAGAACUCGGAUCCAAGGAAGCAUUAGGAAGUAAGGAAGAACUUGGAAGCAGGGAAGGAAUUGGGAACAGGGAAAGAGUAGGAAGCAAGGAAAAAACUGGAAGUAAGGAAGGAGCUGAAAACGGAGAAGAACUUGGAAGCAGGGAAGAUGUUGUUAGUGGAGAUGCCAUUGGAAUCAGAGAAGUGGACAGUCCAGAAGGAUCAGGUACAGCCAGAUUACACACUACCCAAUUUGAAGGUAUAUUCCGCGAUGAGUCCGAGAAACCUAACUCUGAUUCCUUAUCAGCUUCUUUGACCAUUUAG